GAAUUCCGUUUGGAGGCGUCUUUGAGCUCCUCGAGUAGACAUCAUGAGCAAAGCUCACCCUCCCGAGUUGAAGAAAUUUAUGGACAAGAAGUUAUCAUUGAAAUUAAAUGGUGGCAGACAUGUCCAAGGAAUAGUGAGGGGAUUUGAUCCCUUUAUGAAUCUUGUGAUAGAUGAAUGUGUGGACCUGGCAACUAGUGGGCAACAGAACAAUACUGGAAUGGUGGUAAUACGAGGAAAUAGUAUCAUCAUGUUAGAAGCUUUGGAACGAGUAUGAACAAUGGCUGUGUUCAGAGAAAUCAACUGCUUCCACAUGUCCCCUCUCCAUAUUUUACUACGAUGAAAACUGGGUCGUGUACAUUUUCUUA